GCGCCGUGAGAACGUCUCAGGGGAGGGGGGCAGGGCGGCCGGGCCCCUCCCACUCUGCCUUUUGUCGCGUGUCCCGCCCCCGGGACAGGCAGCAGGCGCCGGGCCACCCGCGAGUGUGCGCAGAAACUUCGGCCACCUACGGCGGUGCGCGAGGAGCGUGGCUGACCCGCCGGCGCCAUGCGCGCCCUGCCUGGCCUGCGGGGGCUCCGGGGGCCGCCGUCGCUGCAGCUGCCGCUGCUCCUCCUAUGCCUCCUCGCGGCCGUACGCCGGGGCUGGGCGGACGGCAAUACCACAGGUGCGAAGGCUACAGGGCCGAGUUGGGGGGGACGCGCGAGGCUGGGUCCCGCUUCACCUCUUACGACUCUACCCAUCCGAGAAGAAAUGAUGACAAAAUAUUCUAACCUUUCCUUGGAGAGUCAUAACAUAUCACUGACUGCUUCACCUCUUACGACUCUACCCAUCCGAGAAGAAAUGAUGACAAAAUAUUCUAACCUUUCCUUGGAGAGUCAUAGCAUAUCACUGACUGAACAGUCCAGUGUGCCAGUGGAAAAAAAUAUCACUUUAGAACGACCUUCUAGAAUAGAACUCACAUGCAACUUCACGGCAUCUGGGGAUGUGAAUUCAGUAAAUGUGACUUGGAAAAAAGGUGAUGAACAACUUACGAAUUAUUGCAUCAAUGCCACAGGAAAAAACCUGUAUACCCAGUACAUGUUUACCAUCAUUAAUAGCAAUCAAAUGGGAAACUAUUCGUGUUUCUUUGAAGAGGAAAAGAAACAAAGGGGCACAUUUAAUUUCAGAGUCCCUGAAGUUCAAGGAAAAAACAAACCAUUGGUCACUUAUGUGGGGGAUUCAACUGUCUUGAUAUGUAAAUGUCAACACUGUUCUCCUUUAAACUGGACCUGGUACAGUAGUAACGGGAGUAUACAGGUUCCUGUUGAUGUUCACGUGAAUGAUAAGUAUGCGAUCAAUGGAACAAACGCUAAUGAAACAAGGCUCAAGAUAAUGCAACUUUCAGAAGAUGAUAAGGGAUCUUACUGGUGCCAUGCAGUGUUCCAAUUAGGCGAGAGCCAAAUGCACGUUGAACUCGUUGUGCUGAGUUAUUUGGUACCCCUCAAACCAUUUCUUGGAAUAGUUGUUGAAGUUAUUAUUUUAGUGGCUAUUAUUCUGUUUUGUGAAAUGUACACCCAAAAGAAAAAGAUGCACACAGAUGAUGGGAAAGAAUUUGAACAAGUUGAGCAGUUGAAAUCAGAUGAUAGCAACGGCGUAGAAAAUAAUGCCCCCAGGCACAGAAAAAGUGAAUCUGUGAGCCAGUGAAUGCGAAACAUCAUGUCAAGAGUCAUGGGAAGAUGUACAGUUUGUACUUCAGCUUUGUUUCCUGUUAAGAAUAUCUGAGUUUUUAUUUUUAAAAGGAUGAAAAGUUUAUGCAAUAUGCUCAGCAGUAGCUUUGUAAUAAUAUAUGCUAUAUCAGAUCUAAAGAUAUAUUUCCCUUCUGUAAUUAUUUUACAUUAAAGCAAGGUAAAUUAUAUUCAAUAUAUCCUAUGAGCUAUCACCCAGGAUAAUUAAUUUCAUCUUGGUCAUCAAGGGAUGCACAGAAGAGAUACCAGCAAAACCGGUUAAUACUACACAGAACUAAUGUCACUCAAGACCUGUUUAUAACCAAAGAAUUCAUUAAAGAGAAAACUUUUGCUA